AUGCAAGUGCCAAGGCUGGAAAGCCGAGACCGGCGGCGACUUAUGGUCGCAACUGAUCAGCAACAGAUGGGACCUCAGAGUAUUCAAAAGAAAGAGAGGCGUGAAGGUCAUGCAGAGGUGCUCCAACUCCUCCACGACCACGGUUGUGAGUUGGAGGCUUUGGACCGCUUUGGUCGCUCACCUCUUCAUUUGGCCUGCGAGCACGGAAAGGCGAAUGCGGCCAAGUUCUUGCUAGAUUGUGGCGUCAAGCCCAACUUGGAGGAUCGAAAUGGCCGAAAUGCACUACAUUUGGCUGCUUGCUGUGAGGACCCAUCACUCUCCGACUUGCUGGCAAGUCAAUUUCCACAGCUGGUUUUUUGCGCUGAUGUGCACGGAAGGACGCCGUUGUUCUAUGCAGCUUUGAACGCGCAUCCCCAGUCGCAGGGCGAGGCAACACUGUGCGACAGUGUGGGAACUUUUCGGCAACUUUGGCCCUGCGGUCACACUGCAGUAGCUUUGCAUUAUGCCGCUGAAGAAGGUCAGUUGAACGCCCUUCGCCUUCUUCUGAAGAACAAGAUUGAUAUCAAUGCAGAGGCAAGAUUCCUUAAUUUUGGGCCACAGUAUUUGAGCAAACGUGGCUCCAGAGUUCUCCUUAUGUCGGAGGACAAGGGGGGACAGACAGCACUUCAAAUCGCUUCCAAUGAGGUGAUAGGAGCGGGUGUUACCACACUAGCAGGGUCGAACCAGACCCGUUUUUCCUGUGCCGAGAUGCCGGAUGGACCUCCAGCUGAUGACGAAAAAAAGAGCUAUUCCAUGGGAAUCGACCUUGGAACUACAUACUCUUGUGUUGGAAUCUUCAAGGACGGUGAGGUGCAGAUCAUAGCCAAUGAUCAGGGCAACCGGACGACGCCGUCUUAUGUUGCAUGGACGGAAAACGAGCGACUCUUGGGCGAUGCUGCCAAGAACCAGGUUGCGAGCAAUCCGACCAACACGGUCUUCGAUGCCAAGAGACUAAUCGGUCGGAAGUUUCAGGACCCAGUUGUCCAAGCGGAUUUGAAGCUUUGGCCCUUCAAGGUGGUGUCAGAUGGUUCUGCAGAUGACAAGCCUUUGAUUGAGGUGGUGUACCAGGGCGUCGAUAAAAAGUUUCAUCCUGAGGAAAUUUCCUCCAUGAUUCUGACAAAGAUGAAGCAGACGGCGGAGGCUUUCGUAGGGCAACGUGUGCGAAGUGCUGUGAUUACAGUCCCAGCAUACUUCAACGAUUCGCAGAGGCAAGCAACAAAGGAUGCUGGUGAGAUUGCUGGUCUGAAUGUUUUGAGAAUAGUCAACGAGCCCACAGCUGCUGCUAUUGCCUAUGGCUUGGUCUCCAUUUUGACGAUCACCGAUGCCGUCUUCGAAGUGAAGGCCACGGCUGGAGAUCCGCACCUGGGUGGAGAAGACUUUGACAACAGAAUGCUCAGCUAUUGCAUUUCAGAAUUCCGACGGAAGCACAAAUCUGACCCAACUCGGAAUCAACGUGCAAUUCGUCGCCUCAGAACACAGUGUGAGCGUGCGAAGCGCCAGCUCUCCACCCAGACCUCGGUAACCAUCGAGGUGGACUCUUUGCAUGAAGGCGCCGACUUCAGCUUGCGCCUCUCUCGGGCCAAGUUCGAGGAGCUCUGCAUGGACUACUUCAAGAAGGCAAUGGAACCUGUCUCCCAGUGUUUGGGAGACAGCGGCCUUCCAAAAUCCAAGAUUUCUGAUGUAGUCCUUGUAGGUGGCUCCACUCGCAUCCCCAAAGUCCAAGAGCUCAUCAGUUCCUUCUUUAAUGGAAAGCAUCUCUGCAAGGCCAUCUUGGCUCUGACUUUUUAUUGUAAUGCCAUAGUUAGGACAUUGCCUAUGCAGGAAAUCAAUCCCGAUGAAGCAGUGGCUUAUGGGGCCGCAGUUCAAGCUGCAAUUGUCUCUGGCACAGGAACGGAAGAAGUUGAAAAUAUGCUUCUCCUGGAUGUGGCGCCGUUGUCCUUGGGUAUCGAGAUGGCUGGUGGUAUGAUGCAGAAACUCAUCGAGAGGAACAGCACCAUUCCGACCAACAAGAGCCAGGCCAACACCGUGCAACAACUUGUAAUAUAG